AGCGAUCCUAUAGAAUGUGCCCUAGAUCUUAUGAGACGUCUUCCACCACAAAAAACUGAAGGAAACCUUCUACAACUCAUAGAUCUUGUACCUCAUCUUCAUGAAGAUAUAAUAAACGCUGUUGACCAACCUUUAAAAAUUGGUAGAUGUAAAAAAGAGGGAAAGGAUUAUAUUUUAUGUGCCUUUAACAAAGAUGGAGAAUCAUAUCGCUCUCCUUGGUCAAAUAAAUAUGACCCAUAUAUCGAUGAUGCCAUAUUCCCAUCUUCAAGAAUACGUAAAUUAGAAGUAGCUGCCAAUGAGGCAUUUAAUACAUAUCGAGAGAUGUACUAUGAAGUUGGUGACGGCGUUCGUAAAAUGAAAGGUGUAUGGGACUCUAUUCAUGUCUUUAAAGCAAAUGAGCGUGGUCGCAAAGCUCAAUAUAAAUUAACAUCUACUGUCAUGCUUUAUACAAUUACAAAUAAAUCUGAUCUUGGAAAUAUGAAUUUAUCUGGAAGUAUGACAAGACAAGUAAGGCCAAAAAUUUGUGAUUUUGAGGCAGAAUAUCCAUUUGAUGACCCCUCAGCACAUAUCGCAAAUAUUGGUCGUAUGGUUGAAGACAUUGAACUUAAAAUGCGUAAUUUGCUUCAAGAAGUUUAUUUUAGUAAAACAAAAGAUAUAGUUAAUGGUUUACGUUCAGUAAAUUCCCUUAUCGAAGCACAAAAACAAAUGGAAGUUCAAAAGGAGUUGGUUGGGAAGUUAUUAGAAAGAAAAGCAUGA